UUUGGGUCGAUUGGGGUGGGGUGUUCAUAUUGUCCAUUGAGGUGUUACCAAAGCUGAAAUUGAGGGUGAAAUAUUUUUCACUUUGCAUAGAGUCAGGACAGACAAUCAAAUGUCCCUCUACUUUGUUCCAUGAUUAGAAGUAUCUCUAGACCGGAUGCUGUUUAAUGUGUCAUAGUCAGCUGAUGUCAAGGUUAUGGACUGAGGUUGUGCAUCUUAGCGUUAGGAAGGAAAUGCGUAAAAUGUUCAUUUUUGAGUAACGUUCGCUCUUUUGGUGAAGAUAUAUUCUAAAAUGGUAGAGCCAAUUUUUGACUAUCAAUUUCGAUUAAUUUUAAUCGGCGACAGCACUGUUGGGAAAAGUUCUCUGUUGAAAUAUUUCACCGAUGGAAAGUUCGCUGAGCUUUCAGACCCCACAGUUGGUGUUGACUUUUUUGCACGUUUGAUUGAAGUAAAAGAUGGAACUCGCAUUAAAUUGCAGCUUUGGGAUACAGCAGGUCAAGAACGAUUUCGGUCCAUAACAAAAUCCUAUUACAGAAAUUCCGUUGGUGCUCUACUUGUGUAUGAUAUAUGUAAUAGAUCAAGUUUUGAACAUAUACCCUUAUGGAUGAUGGAAGCAAGACGUCAUAUUGAACCUCAUCGCCCAGUUUUUGCUCUGGUGGGGUGUAAACUGGACCUUGUUUCAUCAGGUGGUCAUAGGGAAGUUCCCAGGGAAGAAGCUGCAGCAUUUGCAUAUCAACAUGGCUUGCAUCAUGUGGAAACAUCUGCACGAACUGGAGUAAAUGUGGAGGAAGCUUUUCGUAUUGUAACCCAAGAAGUUUACAAUAGAAUACAGUCCGGUGAAUACAAGGUUGAAGAUGGUUGGGAUGGAAUCAAAACAGGAUUUCAGCGCCCAAGUGGUUAUGACUUCAAUUUAGUUGAAGCUGAACCAGCAAAGUCUACUUGUUGUUAAACAUUAGGAUUGUUAAUUUUUCUGUUAUAUUGUGUUAUAGAUUUGUAACUUUUAAAUCUGUAUUCUAAAUAUUCUUUUAAGUUAUUGAACUUUUUAGUACGUUUCUAGGCUGUUUGAACAUCUAUGUACUCCCAGUAUUUUUUUAAAAUUAACUUUAAAUCAUUGAAUUUUGUACAAUUUGAGAGUCUUUCAAAAAUCAAAAUGUUGUAUUAUGUCUCUGACAAUUCAUGAACUACCUGAAAAUUUAAACAAGGAUCUUUAAAAAAUUUAAAUCCUCCAUUUAUGUGUAUUAAGAACUAUUUUAUGGUAAAAGAGUGUAAAAAGUCUUUCUUGAUAAGGAUAGUGCAUCUAUUUACAAAAAUGAAAGAUCCAAUUUUGAGAUGUAUGAUAUUAUUGUAGAUUAGUGUACGAAUUAGAACAUCAGAGUGGAUAAUUAUAAUAUAUUGUAUUAUACUUUUACUAUGAUAAGUUAUAUUAAUAGAUUAAUGUUCUCUUUUGAAUUUUUUUAUGUUUACAAGCAUUUAUUUUGGUUUCUAUAAAGUGUAAUUAAUUGAUGUCAGGACUUCAAAUCCCCUUCGCAGAAAGAUUUUAUUGAAAAAUAGUCUAUAUACAUUUUCUUUGAUUUGAGACUGAAUUAAAUGCAAUGGUUGUAAUUACAAGUAAUCAAUAACUUAAGCUGUAGAAUAUGGAUUAUAUUCUUGAAAGUUGGAACAUUUAACAAGUUUAUGCUCAACACGGUAUUCUGAACACUAUACUUUUGUUCAUUUUUAUUUAUUUUUUUUCCCCUUCCCAGUCAUGUUACCUAUAUUCAGCAUUUGCAUCAUUGUAUGCAGUCCUACACAACAAAAAUUAAUGGAACAUCAGUGAACAUUUAUUGGGACACGUGUUUAAAGUUACCCACAGUUCAUAUUUUCAAGUCUUGAAUCAUUUUUGGGUUCAAUUUACUAUUAACAAAACACAUCAAAUUAAUAUGAAAUGAGUUUUGACCUUCUGAACUUCGCUUUGGAAUGUAUGUAAAGGGUGAUGAAUUUUUUAGAAUACUCCAUUGGUAAUAGACUGCAAAGUCACUUUUGAUGUGCACUAUUGAUGUUACAUAGCCAUUAUUUCAACCGGUGUAUUUGGAACAUGUAAUUUUUGCGAUUGUUUAGUUGCAAGGACAAUAUUAACAAGACUAAUGUCUAGCUGUAAUGGAACUUGGGUUCAUUUUUUGAAAAUAAAAUUGCAUUUUGUCAUAAAUACUAUUGAACUAGUUUCCAGAAUUAUUUAUGAACAUAGGCCUACAAAAUGUAUUUUUUUUCUUCUUUGGUACAGCUCUCAAAUUGGAAACCUUUAAUUUGAAAUAUUAAUAUAGUGGAUUACCUAAAUAUUUUUCAUUGAUGGAAUUGAUUUGGCUAAUGCUAAGAGUAUGUGAUGUGAUUUUGCGUGUGCAUAUAUGCUGAAAUUUAUAUGAAAAAAUUGUUUGUGCACCAUUGUAAAUAAAUUUUGUGUGAACACCUUUAUACUAUUUGUAGAACACAGAAUUAUUUGAUUAUUAUUAUUAUUAUUAUUAAUAUUAAUAAUAAUUAUGAAAAUGUGAGAUAUCAGUUGGUAUAAUCAUAUUUAUUUUUGUGUCGUAUUUGGUAGACUAAAUAUGAUAAACUUGGUGAAAUGAAAUAAAAU